AUGGCGCAGAGAGCACGAGCAAUGCGCUCUUGAGGGAUCUGUGACUUAUACGCACACUUAGCCAGUUUCAGCUAACUUCAUACGUGAAACUUUACAGACUCUAUGAAGUUGUUUUCACAACGGACACACUUUACACUACAGGUCUGAUGCUCUGCCGCAGACAUGUUCAGCAAAAAGAAAAAGCAACGCAUCCCGAUCUCAGCCCCCUCUAACUUUGAGCAUCGCGUUCACACUGAUUUCGAUGAGCAGGAGCAGAAGUUUGUGGGGCUACCACGCCAAUGGCAAAGCCUCAUUGAGGACACGGCUAAGAGGCCGAAACCUUUUAUCGAUGCCUCUGUCAUCACUACUGUAGAGCCACGCAAGACAAUUGUGCGGGGUCGUAAAAUCGGUGACGAUGGCUCUCUCACGUGGUUGCUGGACGAGUUUGAGACCAUGUCGGUAAUCCGCUCAAACUCUUUGAGGAGAGACAGCCCACCCCUACAGCCUCGCAGAGACUCCGGUUCAUCAGUAGGGGGUCAAGAAAAUGGAGAACACCCCCACCAGCAAUACAGGCACCCUGAUCGCUACGGAGACGGCAAAGACAGGGUCAGACCACGCCAGGAGCAACCAGGUGUUGACCAUAGACAGGUUCCACCCCGUUCGUCCAGAGAGGACGGACGCCCUCACCAGCAGCCUCGCGGUCAGGAGCCCAUCAGACACAAAGAGCCCAACUGGUUGGGAGGGCCAGCCGCACCCCCCCAGCCAAGGGAACGAGAAAGAGAGAGAGAACCACGUGAAGAUCAUGUUGUGAGGAGAGAAGGUGCCAAUGAUAAGAGGCCCAAAUCCAGCUACGUCGGGCGAGACACCAGCCCACAGUCACCCCGUGAAAAGAGACCACUCUCAGGGCCAAACAUUCGCACCCCCAACCUACCUGUUACAGAGGGAGUGAUAAAAACCGCACAGCAAACCGGAAGACCCUUUAAUACGUACCCACGCUCUGAACGAAGCCCCACCGGUCAGGAUUUAAAACCAGGCAAAUCUCACGAGUCUCCCCACCACAACGGCCCCUCUUCUGGGGCAGUCCGGGGCGCCAGCAGUGGAGGUAAACCUGCCUCGCAGGGGCAGCACAGAGCAGAGCCCCAGCGUCACGCGUCUCACCCAGCUUUAGGACCCGAGCCCCCUCACGGCCAGCAGAUGCCACCGGCACCAAAACCAUCCGGCCCGACUGUACCGUCCCAGCAGACGCACUCACCUCAGAGGGAGCCGCAGCGGGUUUCCCACGAGCAGUUCCGUGCCGCUCUGCAGAUGGUGGUUGACCCUGGGGACCCACGCACUUAUCUGGACCACUACAUUAAGAUCGGUGAAGGUUCCACUGGCAUUGUGUGUAUCGCCACGGUGAAGACAACAGGCAAGCUGGUGGCUGUGAAGAAGAUGGACUUGAGGAAACAGCAGCGGCGAGAAUUGCUGUUUAAUGAGGUGGUGAUCAUGCGGGACUAUCACCAUGAGAACGUGGUAGAGAUGUACAACAGUUACUUGGUGGGGGAUGAACUCUGGGUUGUCAUGGAGUUCCUUGAGGGCGGAGCUUUGACCGACAUCGUCACACAUACCAGGAUGAAUGAGGAGCAGAUUGCCGCUGUGUGUCUGUCUGUUCUGAAGGCUCUCUCAGUGCUUCACUCUCAGGGUGUCAUUCACAGAGACAUCAAGAGCGAUUCUAUUCUUCUCACUCAUGAUGGCAGGGUGAAGCUGUCAGACUUCGGCUUUUGUGCCCAGGUGUCAAAAGAGGUGCAACGCAGGAAGUCUCUUGUAGGAACGCCCUAUUGGAUGGCUCCUGAGCUCAUCUCAAGACUCCCAUAUGGCCCAGAAGUGGAUAUUUGGUCUCUCGGCAUUAUGGUGAUUGAAAUGGUGGACGGAGAGCCGCCCUAUUUUAACGAGCCUCCGCUCAAGGCUAUGAAAAUGAUCCGUGACAAUCUUCCGCCUAAACUCAAAAAUCUUCACAAGGUCUCGCCGCUUCUCAAGGGAUUCUUGGACAGGAUGCUGGUACGAGAUCCUGCCCAGAGGGCUACAGCUCAAGAGCUGUUAAAGCAUCCCUUCCUGACUAAAGCAGGCCCUCCCUCUUGCAUUUUUCCUCUCAUGAGGCAGAACCGCAUGAGAUGAGAAGAGAAACUGGGGCGGGACCUCUCAGAAACCCUCUGCUAAGCUCAAAGCAAAGAUCGAGGUCUAUUCUGCAAUGUUAAAUGAUUGUACAGGUCAAGCGUUUUAGGAAGAGGGCAUAGACCAUGAAGACGCUUUUGAGGAAGCACAUUUUUUAAUCACUGUUUUAUCAUCCCUUGAAAUACACCGUAUUUGGUGACAUGAAAGACAUGAUUUAAAGUCCUUCACAGUGUUCUGCUUAAACAAGGGCCUUUCUAUCCUAUGGCUUUCUGAAGACAUCUCAGUGGUUUGAGCUUGACCUCUAAGACUGCGCUUUUGGCUGAGCUGAGUAUGUUAAAGUAUGGAUAUUAAAAUGAAACGCUUGGAUAUUCUACCCUGCCCGCAACAGAUUUUUGUGGAUUUUCCCAAAUCUCAAGCUUUUCUCUGCACUUCAUCGUUUGCACCAGGAACACACUACUCAAUUGGUUUUAAACAGGAAGACAACUACUGACGAAAGUUCUUUUUUAAAGAGAAAAUAUAGGUUCCUGUUACAACACUAAACAAUGGUAAACACUGGAGGCGUUUUGUUUUUAUUUUAGCGUUUUAAUGAUAUCAAAUUGUUUUCAUAUUGUGUUGCAAUGAUUUAUUUUGAGUGAAAGUGAUGAUUUUGAAUGCUGCUCUGACAUUGAGCUGCACUCCAAUAUGAUUUCCACACAGAAACUUCCUCCUUUCGUUCAUUGUUCCACUUUUUUACAUAACAAAGAGGAGAGGGGUGGGUGUGGGCUAAUUUUUUUAAGAACUGAUUCAGAAACUUUUACCACUGCGCCACGGCACAUUAGUUGAAGAGAUUGAGUUGUUUCUCAUAUAGACUGUCCUACAUUGGAAUUUUGUGUUCAUAAGCCCUUCACAUAAAUCUCUAAAGUAUCGCAGCUUUUUUUGAAGGAUUCAUUUACGAUAUGUUCUAUAGGAGUGAUGAGGUUUUACUUAAACCUCAGCUACGCAAGUAUGGCUGAGCAUCGUGUGUGCUCUAGUGUUUUAAGUUUGUUAGCCAUGGAAAUGGACAUUGUAGCUUGAUUCCACCAUGUGACAGCUGCUAGAACUGCCACAAAGCACAUACAGUAAUAUACAGGCAUGUAUGUAUCAGUGUACAAACACUCAUAUGAUUGGUCAUUAACACUGCUUUCUGCAUUAAGAACCCCAAUGUCAGGAAGCAGGAGACCUUAAUAGUUUGCACCGAGAAAUCAACCAAAGACAGUAUGAAGUCUGAAUAUGAGAGUUUAUAAUAUAAAUUAAUCCCUACAUAUUUCUAAGCUACAUAUUCUUAUUUGCUUGGUCAUUAACUUUAUUGGUGGUAAUGACAAAAAUUUAACCAGUAAUUAAAAGAUUACUCAGAUUUGGCAUUCGUUGUAGUGAAAGCACACAAGAAUAUAGGCCAAAUCAUUCAUGUGAUCAGAUCACUGGACGGUUAAAUGAAGAUUUGGGUCACCUGUAUGUUUAUGUAGAGAUUGAUUAAUUCUAGACUGAAGCGGUAGCCUAUGUAUAUAUUUUGGAGCUAUUAUAAAAACAAAGGCAAUAAAAAAAUUCAAUGACCUACACUUAUAACACAAAGCAUAACUAUAAUUUUAGAUGUGAUGUCAAGAAAACAAUUAUUGACAGAUAUUUGUUAAUAUAAAAAAUAGUUUUCCCCACCAGUAUUUUAUUUUAUUAUUUUUUAAUUCCGGACUGUUACUUUUUCAGGAGAUAGAACAAAACAUGACAAUCAGGCCUUGGAGCAAAAUAUGUUGUACAUUAAUAGCAUUAAAGACUUUAUUAAAUGAUGAAUAUAUGAAAUUUACCAUUUUCAAAUAGUGAAUAGUGUGUUUAGGGUCACAUUAAUGUUUAUUAUUGUAGGCAUAGAUUGUGAUUUAACAAGCAGAGUGCACUGAAGCAAAUUGAGGUUGAUCUGGAGAUCAUUAUUAGUAGCAACAAAACAACAGCCUUAAUGCAACACUUCAACUGAACAUGUGCCAUUUGGGCAAUACUACUACAGUAUGUCAAGUAAACUGUGACCAACCACAUUGACCUUCAUAUUUUAAAAUGGCUUUUGACUGUUCAGAAAGAUGAGAGCUAUAACCAGAAGCCUUAUUUGUUUAAAUGUGUGAAUGAAAAAUGAUCUACUGUGAGCAAAACGGCUCAGCUUGCAUGAUUUUCUCAUAAAACACAGGUGUUAAUUGAUUCCCAAACGUAUUUUCUUUGCCAUUUUUCACAAGUUUAAGAUGCAGUACAUUCCCAGGAAACAGGGUGCACAUGAUUUGUUGAAUAGGAAGAUCUGCAUUCUUUUUUUCCCCCACAAGCUGUAUUACAUUCCCAGAAAAGAUGUGAGCUUUGAUCUGUUGAAUGGCAAGAUAUGAUCUGCAUUUGUGUUAUGUUUUUGAAUGUUCUUCAUUUGGUGCUCGCAUACUAUUGGGUAACGUUAUCAAAUGCUCUCUGGAAGGGUACAUUGUUUUAUAAUAUGGCUUUUCUAUCUAUAGUUUCAUCUCAGAUUGCCACUGCUUUAAAAGGAUGUCCUGUAUUCUGCUGUUGUCUUUAUCGUUUAUUUUGUUAAAAACCUAAUAGGUUUCUAAUCUUGCACUGUAAACAUAAAUUUAGUUUCUUUUUUUAACUAUAAUUUACUGUUCUGUCAGCAUGUAGAUAGUUUGAAAUAACCCUUUUGUUUUAGAAGUGGAAUAGAAGUAAUAACAGAAGACUAGUUAUUAUCCGACUUAAUAUGGAUGUAAAUACCAGACAGAUGCGUUAUAUUGGAUUGAAUUGCUAAAAUAAUCUUCAGCAGUUUUUUGGAUGUACAACUGCUACUGACAGUUCAGCAUCUUUUUGAAAAUGUAAACUGGUUCAUACCGUUUUCUCUGGUUUUGUUGUUUGCAUUGUUAGUUUUUUCAUUUUUGAUGCACAGUCAAUGUUAGUUUCCUCAUAUGUGAAUUUUUACUGGUGGUUAAAUUGGACUUCAGACAGAUUUUUCAAAUACACUUUUUAAACCCUU